AUGGGCAUCACACCUCACCAUGCUGAAUCGCCAUCUGGAGAAAUCGACUCCGAACCAUCUCAUUCCAGGCACUCAUUCAUCCGAUCUGGCAUGUGGCAGAAACUGCACAAUCUGUUUGCCAGAGAUGAGCCUAGCCAAAGUCGUAUCGACUGCCCAGAGAAUGAACAGUGGCCCCAAACAUGGGCCGACACCCCUGAUCCCAACAAGCACGCGUCCUCCACGAGACCACUGGCGGUCGGUCUUCCCCGGCAAGCAACCUUCAAGCGUCAGAACUCCGAAAGGCGCGAUCGUCUGUUCCCCGUCCAUCCCGAGCCUGCCGAAAGACGAGCAGUGUCUUCGACUAGAAAUGCAUCAACUAGUCUUCCACGACCACGAGCGACAUCAUCCCCGCCUUCUUGUGACCUGGGCCGUGUUUCUGCCCCAGCUGUAACCGACUCAAGCAAAGCCGAUGCCACUACCACUGAUUCUCCUGGGGACGACCUCACAGCCACUUUCGUCCCUGGACUUUCGAACACUUCAGAAGAUGUGUGGUCGCAAAAUGGCCAUCGCGCACCCCGACCUCCUUCAACAACGUCCUCCAAUAACUCACAUUUCCCUACGCUCAAUACCUUCAACGACAAGGUUGAUUUGAGAGAGGAGCUUGACAGUCGAUGGAUCCUCAAUCUCAGCAUGCAUUUCAGAGAUAAGUCCGAUCGUGAAAAGUUCUUCGUUACUUAUGCAGAGACCCCCAAUCACUGGCGCCGUGUGACUAUCUCCUGCGAUUAUCGCAACGCUGAACCGGGCUCUCUGGAGAUGGAUCUCAGGGAGCUUCAGUUCCAGAGAGAUAAGAGCAUGCAAAUAUACGAGUCCAUACGUGACUCUUUGCCUGAGAUCCAAUUCUAUGAGACCGUCACAAAUCUGAAGCUGGAGACCACCGAUGGCAGGCUCCAUGUUCAUGUGACUGAAGACGUGAAUGAGAUCAUCCCUUAUCCUCCGCGCCACACCGUAGCCCACGUCCUCGAGGAGGACGGAUUUCAUCCCAUGGAAGUACGCGAAAGCGAGUUGACCUUUGACUCCCAUCUCUCCGGCUUUGUCUACAAAGUACGGUGUAAAGGCAAGACCUAUAUCAAGAAGGAGAUUCCUGGGCCGGAUACAGUGGACGAGUUCUUGUAUGAGAUCAAUGCGCUGCAUGCCCUACAUGGCUCGGCCUAUGUUAUUCAGCUUGAAGCAAUCGUGCUCGAUGAUUCACAACAUUUCGUCAAAGGGCUACUUAUUAGUUUUGCUGAAAAGGGUGCGAUCGUCGAUCUGCUGUAUGACCACAGAGGCUCCAUCCCUUGGGACGAUCGAUGCAGAUGGGCUGAGCACGCAGUCCAUGGGCUCAGCGAGAUUCACGAGGAAGGUUACGUUCAAGGUGACCUCACCCUAUCCAACAUCGUGGUUGAUGAUGAUGGGCAUGCGAAGAUCAUCGACAUCAAUCGACGAGGAUGUCCUGUUGGCUGGGAACCGCCCGAAAUUGCCGCCAAAAUUGCUAGUCAGCAGAGAAUCUCCAUGUACAUUGGUGAAAAGUCGGAUUUAUAUCAACUAGGCAUGACAUUGUGGGCGCUGGCCAUGGACGAUGACGAGCCUGAGCGACAUGUUCCACCAUUGAGUGUCGAAGAGUUCCCGUCCGAGGUUCCCGACUGGUACCAGGACGUCGUGAGAAUUUGCUUGUCCCCUCGACCAAGAGAUCGGUUAUCAGCCAAAGAACUGAUCAGUUUCUUUCCAGGGACCGAGUCACCUGACGGCUCGCAACAACCGAAGAGGCCUGCACUGAAGUUGCGUACAGUGAAGGACUAUAUCGACCCUGCCGAUGCGGUUGGGCGUGACGACAUUGAACGCCUGAGCUCGAGCCAACACGAUCUCAAGCAGACUCUUUAUUCACCGGAAAGCUCGAGAGAGGACUACACUUUCACCUGGCCCAAAUCCUCGAAUUACGAACUCGACAGUGAAACCUCGGGCUACGACGGUCCUAGAGGCCGAGCACCACCUUCAAAUUUCGGACAUCUUGGUAGAGACGAAAGACGUCACUGGUUGCCUGGAAAUGACAUGCCGAGCGCGAUAGACGAACCAGAACCCAACAUUGUAGCAAUCUCCCCUGGGCUUGAGCGGGAGUUUGACGAAGUCGAUUUGGAUGGGCAUCCAUAUCUGAUAUCUCGCAGAACUUUCAACAAUGAAGAACUGGAAGUGUUGGAGCGUGCAGAAGGGCAAGAGCAGGACUUGCAAAGCCAGUCCUCGGCAUUGGACAGCCCUGAGCACUGUGCGAUUGUGUCCCUGAACUCGCACCCCCCGUUGCCUCCUCGAAGACCGUCCUUUCAGCACAUGGCCUCUCCGACAUCUGAUAGUACGCCUCGCAAUAGUCAAGCCAUAUUGCCCACAUUGGCUGACAACCAGCUUGAUACAUCAAGCGAUGCGCCAUCACCCGCAGACAGCUACUCAUCACCAUGUCUAAGUCGAGACUCGGACCGUGGCUUGGCGACUCCCCAGGCAACCACAGUUAAUGCCUCGAUUGAAACCGAGAGCAGUCAUCCCGCAACGGAACAAAACGCCACUGAUUCUAGCCCACAGAGUUGUUCAGAUUUAACGCGUCCGGAGACGACAAAGCUACCUCCAACGCUGUGCUAUGCUGAUAGCGGCUAUGAUGAGCCACUUGGUCUGGUAGAGGAUGAGACCAAUGAUCGAGGGGCGGCUGUGCACAAAGGCGCAAUGGAGCAAACCCCGGCAAAUUUAGAUCCUCCGUCGGCAACCCAAGGGGGUCACCAGAACGAAUUCGCUGUCACUAGUAAUGAUAUUGACAACGACAGCCACCCUUCAGAAGGGCAGAUAAGUUGA